CUCUUCCUAAUACUUAGUUUUUUUUAUGUUCAUACCAAAAUAAGUAGACAACAAAAAUGGCUUCCUUCUUUGGCUCUCCACCAUUUCUGUCUCACCCCCUCACUAGAACUCUCACCUUCUCAUCCUCGUCGUCACAAACGCCGCCUCCUUCUCCGCCAACUCCGCCUACUCAGCCGCCACCAUCUCACCCUUUAAGCUCUACUUCUGGCCAAGCAGUGGAGCCAGUCUCAGUCAAAGUUCAACAACAACAAAAGCCUUCUUAUUCUUAUUCUUCUUCUUCUAGUUCAAAGGCUGAUUCCACAGACUGGAUAGCUUCCACCUUAACUAGGCGAUUUGGACUUGGAGCUGGUCUAGCUUGGGCUGCCUUUCUUGCUUUUGGUGUAGUCUCUGAACAGAUAAAGACUCGUCUUGAGGUCUCCCAACAAGAAGCUAACACAAGAAAUGUGGAGAAGGAAGAAGAGGUGGUAUUGCCUAAUGGCAUAAGAUACUUUGAGUUAAAAGUGGGAGGUGGAGCUUCUCCAAGGCCAGGAGAUUUGGUGGUGAUUGAUCUCCAAGGCAAAGUAGAAGGCAGUGGGGAAGUGUUUGUGGAUACAUUUGACAAAGAUAAGAAGCCUUUGGCCCUUGUAUUGGGAUCAAGGCCUUAUAGCAAAGGAGUUUGUGAAGGUAUAGAGUAUGUGCUUAGAUCCAUGAAGGCAGGGGGUAAGAGGAGAGUAAUAGUUCCUCCAAACUUGGGUUUUAGAGAGAAUGGUGCUGAUUUAGGCACUGGUGUGCAAAUUCCUCCUAUGGCAACACUUGAGUACAUUGUCCAGGUUGAUAAAGUCUCAAUUGCACCAGCAUGAUUUUUAUUUAAAAGAAACAAUGUCAGCAAACUAUUCUCUUCCCUAUUAUUGAUAAUAAUAAUAAUAAUUUAUUAGUGCAAACAGAAAAAUAAAAAAAUAAAUCUAUGUAUGUAACACCGUUUAAUCUUGAUGUUUGCAUGUAACACCGUCAACAAACACAUUUAAUGAUAAGAAAAAUGCUCCUCAGCUCGGUGGUAUUUCCAUCUCGAGCUGAGGUGUUUGCUUUUGAUUGUA